AUGUUGUGUGAUCUAAACGUGCCGUGGCCGUGUCUGACGUAUAACACCCAGCCGACCCAGCAACAACUUGAGGUGCUCAAAAACACCAUCGUCACUUUAUAUUCGCUAGGCUACACUCAUCAAGCCAUCAAUUUUUCAAUCAACGAAAAUGUUAGAAUACCCGUAGGAACGCCAGACCUCAUCAACCCUAUCAACAUCGCAUAUUUGAAGUCAGAACUCGUGCCCAGGUUUCCAAAACUCAAACUUUUCACCAGACUAACCAUCAUAGUUUCUGAUCCUUCCAAGCUUCAAGGUUUAGCCAAGAUCCAGAACCAUUUCGAUGUUCUUGCAGUACAGCCAGUAAACGAAAAGGCUCUACAAUUAUGUACUACCAACCUCGACAUCGAUCUUGUUUCCUUUAAUUUGGGUUCAAAAUUGCCAUUUUUCCUUAAACACAAAACUAUCGGAAGUGCCAUUGAUAAAGGUAUCAAAUUCGAAGUCUGCUAUAGCACAGUAGUCUCUGGCUCCAUUGGGUAUGCCAAUGUAGGUGACAGUACUAAUGUCCAGCUCAUCAAGAAGAACUUUUUCAACAACGUGUUGCAGUUGAUCAGGGCGUCUCGUUCUAAAGGAAUAGUAGUAUCUAGCGGUGCUGUACAGCCACUCCAGGCUAGAAACGGUGAGGACAUCUUAACUUUGCUCAAAACCCUUGGACUAGACAAUAGUAGAGCAAAAUCUUGUAUAACCUUGAACGCAGAAAGAGCGUUGAUCAGCGGAAGAUUACGUAUCAAGAGCUAUAAACAAACAGUAAUCGCAGGAAACGAUCUGGACGAAGUACUUGUGGAAAAGAAGGACCCUUCAAAACCUGACACUUUGGCAUACAAAAAGAGAUUGGGAGAUUCUCUGAGUGGAAGAUUGUUGAAGAAGCAAAAACGUUCAAAAGACUAG